ACAGUACAUCGUAAGAAUUUCACUCAAGUGGAUGUAUUAUAGCAGUGCACCAUGAAGUUGACACAAACUCUUUUUCUAGUUGUUACAGUUUGUCAUGUGAUCUUGGUUGAAGGCUGUACUUUCAAGUGUUCGCUGGUUGAGGAUAUUCUCGAAAAGAUGUUCAAGUCUAGAGGCUCUGAUAAUUGUAGCAAUCCAAAACCAAAUGAGAUCCCUGCCUUUAGUGCAUCACUGACAAAUUCAAAAGUUCUUGGUGCCACCGAAAUUGUAAAGUUCGACAAAGUUUGGACAAACAAUGGAAACGAUUAUGACCCGAAUACUGGAAUAUUUCAGGCGCCUUUCAAAGGCGUGUAUCAGUUCUCCUUCACAGUAAUGUCCAGCAGUGGGAAGAAUUUAUUUGUUUAUCUCUGGCAGAAUGACACCCGUUUGGUAUCUGUGUAUCCUGGUACUGGUUAUAAUGAAGGAACGGCUAAUAUGGUGUUAAAUCUGAAAAAGGACGACAGAGUUUACGUCAAAUGUGGCGGAAGCGGACAGGGAUACAUCUACACAGGCAAAGACUAUUGGUACAGCAUGUUUUCUGGAUAUCUUAUACAUGCAACUAUAUAAAUUAAUUGUCUUAUGAUGAAA